AUGGGAGAGGCUUGGGAUCGGUUCUUUAGGUCCAGGGCAGCUCAGAAAGCGGCCUAUCAUGGGAGAGCUGGCGCUAAAGUAAGAUGGUUACUGUAACUUUCAUGCAAGAAAUUGUAGCAAGUCAGAUCGUUUCCAGAAUGGACUUCUAUGUUGGCAUUGCCACAGGUUGUCUACUUCCGAAGAUUCUGCAGUUUUUUCUGGUUUCUGUUGUUCUUGGCUGCUCUGGGCAUUGCUGCAUGGCAACUUAUUGAGACCAUCAAAAAUUACCGAAGCUACGGUUUUACUACAACAAGAACAUUGAACUUUGAUGCUCAUCCCUUUCCUGCUGUAACUGCGUGUGAUCUAAAUCCAUUCAAACGGGAUUUGGCCUAUCAGAAUGCUGAGGUAUCUGUUCUCAUAGAAAACUCGAGCAAACCGCUUUACUUUAGAUUGUAACGUUAAUGAAUGCACUGGAAUAUGCAUUUGAGAAGACUCGCUGUUCAACGAAUAACUGCACGGUUGACACUAAUUCAACUUUAGAUAGUUAUAUCAGCGAGUAUGGCCUUAGUGUAAGAUCAAAACAACCUCAAACUUAUUUGACAGGACUUAAGAGACACUUCAACGGUGGUCUUGCAAGCAUCGCGAUUGCUGACGUUGAUCACUGGAUCAUUAAAUUUGACGAGUGCUUCGGCGCAGUAUGAUGAUUUCAUUCAAGGUUGCAGUUUCAAUACGCAAGACUGUGUUGACACGUAAGCUCGGUUAUAGGUUGAAAAUGCUGAGUUAUUGAAUUUAUAGCGACUGGACCAAAUUUGAAAGCCAGGCAAUGGGAACUUGUUUCACGUUCAAUAUUGCUAAGGCUCGAAAUGUCUCAAGAGUUGGCCCAAUUUACGGCCUGAGGGCUAUUAUAAAAACCAAUGUUUCGCAAUAUUUGCCAGUCUCUCCUAGUGCUGGAUUCAAAGUUUUGGUUCACCACCAAGAUGAAUAUCCAUUCCCAGAUAUCUAUGGGGUGAAUGUUAUGGUCGGCAGUGCCGCUAUGGUGGGAGUAAGGGCUUUUAUAUGCGUUGUGUAAGAUUAGUCUAGGUGUCUUACACUGAAGUAACACGCCUCGGUCAGCCAUACAGUAAAUGUGUCCUAGACUCUCCGGAGGAUUAUAUUUAUCCGAAGAAUUAUUCGACCGAAGGAUGUUUGAGGUCGGCAUACCAACUGUCCGUAAUUAAGAAUUGCGGAUGCUACGAUCCCUCUUUUCCGGCAUCAUCUAAUCUGACUGUUCAGACCAAUGACGGGACUAAUGUCAGCAUGAAACGGAUUGGUGCUUGCACUUUGGAUAAUUGUAAGUUUUUGUACUAUUGUGCAAGGGCGAAAACGGCAAAUGUGAGUGAUAUUUGUAGAUGCUUGCUGGAUUUCCCAGAGCGAUUCCAAUUUUGUAAACAAUUGUACUAACCCAUGCUAUGAGACGAGCUAUUCCGUUGGCGUCUCCUUUGCCAGUUGGCCAAGUGGAUCUUCUUCGACUAUCGGGGCUUGUAUGGGCGGGGAUUACGGUAACUUGACGUGUGAUGUGAUGUACGCUCAGAACGGGGCGUUGAUUCAAGUUUUCUUCGAAGCUCAGAGCUAUGAAGUUAUGGCUGAAGUUCCAACUUAUCCGGUUAGCAAUCCGCUAUAGAGUUGUGAUUGUAUUUCAGACGAGCAGUUUCUUAUCCGAUUUUGGUGGAACUUUGAGUUUGUGGAUCGGAGGGUCCAUAUUGGUUCUGUUGGAAAUCGCUCUUCUGUUCAUACAGGUACUGAUCUCAUUUUUCGUUUAUAUUCGCGUUUCUUUAGUGCGUUUUCACUUGCAUUUGUCCUUGUUGCGACAGACAUAUUGGAUAUUGA